GUAUCAGUGUAUAUUAUAAGAAGGCCCAAAGGUGGUUUCUCCAACCUCUUUGUUUAGACUUCACUUCUUCUUCUCCAAUCUCCCUCUGCAAUCAUCUGCGUAUAGUAUCGAUGAUGUAGCCACCAAGAUGGGGAGGAGAAAAGAUCACAGAGCCACCAAAUCCCAAACCCUUCCCUCAUCUCCGACCCACUCCUCAUCCUCCUCCGACUUCGAGUUCACCGUCGCCCUCACCCCUCGCGGGGCCGCCAACUCUUCUUCUUCUUCUUAUUCCUCCGCCGCCCUCUGCCCCGCCGACGAACUCUUCUACAAGGGUCAGCUCCUCCCCCUCCACCUCUCCCCCCGCCUCUCGAUGGUCCGCACGCUCCUACUGGCUUCCUCCUCCACUUCCUCCUCCUCCGACACCACCACCACCGCCUCCCGCGACUCCACCGGCAGCAGCUCCAACGACUCCCGCUCCUCCUUCUCCGCCGCCGACCUCCUCCUCCUCCCCCCUGACUGCGACUCCUCCCGCCCCUCCUCCGCCGCCGAAGAAACCGAUUUCUCCGCCUCCGCCGCCAAGAAAACCUCCAAGUACCACUUCUCCCUCUCCAGAUUCUCUUCCGUUUUUCGGAAGCCCCGCCACCCGGAUCCUCCCCACCCCACCACCGGAUCCGUACAACCCACCCCCUCCCCCGUAAAACGCCUGAGCAAAACCGCCAGAGAAGUCAUCGGAAAGUACCUCAAAAAAGUCAAGCCCUUAUACGAAAAGCUCUCCCAAAACCAAAAGCCGCCGCCCCCGCCGCCCCAACACAAAACCAAAUCUCCCCCCGAACCGAAAGAAACCGCCGUGAUCUCCCAUUCGUUUUCGGGGAAUUUAAGGUACCCGAGGAGGAAGAGCUGCGUGUCGAGCUGCCCGUCGUCGAUGCGGUCGUCCCCCAGCCACUCCGGCGUGCUUUGCCGGGCCGGGUUCACCCCGCCGCCGCCGCCGGUGACUAAGUCGGCGUACCCGUCGGACAUGUCGUCAAUGGAGGAGCUGCAGAGCGCAAUACAAGGCGCCAUCGCGCAUUGCAAGAACUCCAUGCUUCAGCCUCCCACAACUACCGCUACUAGCAGCAACAAGAAUAUCGUGGUCAGUAAUGAGAUUUGACAAGACUUCAGGGGUGUUAGUAGUAAAUAAAUUUUUUUCAAAUUAAUCAAGUUUUUUUUUUUUUUUUUUUUUUUUUCCUUACGGGUGCAAUCGAAUCGAAUCAAUUAAGAGUUACUCAAACUCAGAUCAAAUUUGAGUUUUUUCUAUAAGUAAAUCGAUUCUCUUACACCCGUAUGGAAUUGUGUUGUUUAAUUAGGUGUUGGAUCUGCAGUAAAAAUUUACUAUGUAACACUUACUAUUGACUGAUCUCUGAUGAUAUUAACUUGUUUUUGGAUUAAUGAUUUUUAUUUUUACUUUUUGUAUUUUUUUUGAAUGAAUGGAUCUUGAUCUCUGA